AAAACGACGCCGUGGCCUUCUUCUUUGCUUAAUUCGUAGUUCGUCAGAAGCUGAAGAACCUCCUGCGACGGCGAAAGAGACCGAAGCAAAAACCUCCGAUCAGCCAUGAAUGCACCGGACCGAUACGAGCGAUUCGUUGUUCCUGAAGGCACCAAAAAGGUUUCUUAUGAGAGGGACACGAAGAUCAUCAACGCUGCUUCCUUCACGAUUGAGAGAGAAGAUCAUACCAUUGGAAACAUCGUCCGCAUGCAACUUCACAGCGACGAGAAUGUUUUGUUUGCUGGGUACCAACUUCCUCAUCCUCUCAAGUACAAAAUCAUAGUCAGGAUUCACACCACAAGCCAGUCAUCCCCGAUGCAAGCGUACAAUCAGGCUAUCAAUGACCUUGACAAGGAGCUUGACUUUCUCAAGAGCCAAUUUGAGGCAGAGGUGGCGAGGUUUUCGAGUCCCUACUAAGGAGCUCAGAGUUCUCCAUCGGCACUUUGGAAUCACAUUUUCCUUACUCUCGGCACCAACCAGAAGACUUAUAAUGAGCUUGUUGCUACUUGCUUUUCUAAAUUAGAAACAAAUUUUCAUGUUAUUUAUUUUAACUCUAUGUUUUGUACACCAUUCCGGCUGCUAAGAAGUACUUUUUGGAAUACCUUGUCUUUUUUUUUUUUUUGAACACCUGGAAUACCUUGUCUUAUAUCCAUCUUAUCUACGAAAACGUUUUAUUGUA